UAAAGGAGGGACAGAAAGGUGGAGAGAGUACAUACGAGCUGAGAGCACCUGAGACAGUUCUUGGACCUGUGUUGCUGUGGCGUUGCCUUGAUGUCUGGAUCCAACAUGAUGGCUCCCAUUUGUCUGGUGGAGAACAUCAAUGAGCAGCUCUCAGUAAAUACGGAAGCUCUACAGAUUCUUGAGCAGAUUUCUCAGCCAGUGGUGGUCGUGGCCAUUGUGGGACUGUAUCGCACAGGCAAAUCCUACUUGAUGAACUGUCUUGCAGGACAGAACCAUGGUUUCCCACUGGGCUCUACAGUGCAGUCUGAAACCAAGGGCAUCUGGAUGUGGUGUGUGCCCCACCCCUCCAAGCCUAACCACACUCUGGUCCUUCUGGAUACCGAGGGCCUGGGAGAUGUAGAAAAGCACUCAGAUCAAGACUUUGAUGAUGACUUCAUAUUAGGCACUCAUAUCCAGCUUUCAGACCUCUAUUCUUCUGUGAUGGAUAUCUGA